UCUUAAAAGAAAGCCCUCGAAUUUCUACAAUAUUAAUACUUCCCUGCCCUCGUCGUCGUCGUCGUCGUCGUCGUCCACGUCCUCCUCUUCCUCCUCGGCCCUCUCCCCCUUCCAUGUGAAGAUUAAGGUUAGGUCUGUGGGAAACCUCGACGUCCUUCUGUCCUCUCUCUAAGAUUUCUCGGGCCAAAGCCGAUGAGCCGCCGGAGAUCCCCCUCUGCAACCGCCGCAUCCUCGCUCCUGUUUCUCCUCUUGGUGGCGAUCUCCUGCUCCGAUGGGCGUGGAGUUACGGGACCAGACCCUCACGGGGUGGAGAGAUCCGCCUUGCUGCAGUUCAAGAGCUGCGUUACUUCCGACCCUGCUGGGUUGCUCGAGAUAUGGGGCUCCGACUCCAACCACUGCUCUUGGCCUGGCGUCGCGUGCGAUGGGAAGUCACGGGUCGUCUCCCUUAAUAUCUCUGCGAAAGGCGAUGCUUUUGAACUCCCCUGCUCCCGCUCAGGCCCUCGCCGACGCAGCUGCGGCGAUUUUGACCGCAGGUUGGCUGGGACACUUGGUGUGUUUCUCCGGAGCUUGUCAGAGCUCAGGGUACUCUCCUUGCCGUUCCACGACUUUCAUGGCGAGAUCCCGGACGAUCUCUGGGGCUUGGAGAGUCUGGAAGUGCUUAACCUCGAGAGUAACUCGCUUUCUGGUGGCUUGCCCUCACGCUUCCCACGUCGGUUACGUGUGUUAAAUUUGGCUUCCAAUUUGAUCAAAGGUCAGAUCCCUCGUUCCUUCUCGAGAUGCAUGGAUUUAGAAAUCCUAGACCUAUCCGGCAACAAGGUCAACGGAACAUUUCCUAAAUUUCUUGGUGGCUUCUCCAAGCUUAGAGAGCUCUAUCUUUCUUUUAAUCGUCUUGGCGGGCCGAUUCCUGAUGAGCUAGGAUAUGGGUGCCGGAGUUUGCAAAUAUUGGACUUGUCUGGAAACUCGUUUAGGGAAAGCAUUCGGUCCAAUUUAGCAAAUUGCACUGAGCUGCGAGUUCUAAUGCUGUUUUCUAACCUUCUUGUGGGUUUUAUUCCUCCUGAUCUCGGGCGAUUGAAAAAGCUUCAGGUGUUGGACGUCUCGAGGAACAGUCUUAGUGGAUUUGUACCUGCUGAGCUAGGAAACUGCUUAGAACUGUCUGUCAUUGUUCUUCUGAAUCAGUAUGAUCCGAUGCUAGAUGAGGAAGUCUCGAGCUCUGUUGAUUUUGAUGAAUUUAAUUGUUUCCAAGGAAGACUUGUGGAAAAUAUCACAGCUCUCCCGAGGCUUAGGGUGCUUUGGGCCCCAAGGGCAACGUUUGAAGGGAUGAUUCCUAGCAACUGGGGAAUCUGUGAGAAUCUUGAGGUGGUUAAUUUAGGCCAGAAUCUUUUUCAAGGACGUAUACCACAAGCAUUUACCCAAUGCAAAAAACUUAGAUUUCUUAAUUUGAGCUCAAAUAGUUUGACUGGUUGGCUUAAUGUGGAGCUUCCAGUGCAAUGUAUGGAUGUCUUUGAUGUCAGUGGGAAUCAGUUGUCUGGCUCCAUCCCUAGGUUUGCCUACACAGAGUGCCCUUCAUCUAACAUCACACCAGAUGACCUAUCCUUUGCUUAUAUUUCAUUCUUUGCUUACAAUAGUUUUAAAGGUUUGCAAAGGCCUUUUUAUGAACUUGGUGGUGAAUUUACUAUAUAUCACAAUUUUGCAAACAAUAAUUUUACUGGCAUUCUGUCUUCUUUACCAUUGGCCAAUGGUAGGUUCCAGAACAAUACCAUCUAUGUAUUUCUUGCUAAUAGGAAUCAUCUUUUUGGGUCACUGAAUGCUAUCAUAUUGGAGAAGUGCAGCAGGGUGAGUCAUUUGCUGAUAGAUUUGAGCAACAAUAUGAUAUCUGGAAGAUUUACAUCUGAGGUAGUUGAAACAUGCCAGUCUCUUGUGGUUCUGGAUGUUGCCAGUAAUCAGAUAUCUGGAACCAUUCCUGCAAAUUUUGGGUUGUUAAGUAAUCUUAUUUGUCUGAAUUUGAGUUGGAACCAGCUGCAGGGUGAGAUACCAGCAAGUAUUACACAGUUAAAAAGCUUAAAAUAUCUCUCGUUGGCCGGUAACAAUUUCAGUGGUCACAUUCCUCCUGACAUUAUUAAAUUGCAUUCUCUUCAGGUUUUGGAUCUGUCUUCGAAUUCCCUUGCUGGUUAUAUUCCUACUGUUUUUGUGAAGAUGAGAAAUCUCACUUCCCUUUUACUUAAUAACAACAAGCUUUCUGGGUCUAUUCCUUCAGCUUUUGCCUACUUUGCAUCACUUUCAAAAUUCAAUGUUUCAUUCAAUAAUUUGUCUGGAUCAUGGCCUCUUAAUGCCAGUACAGUGAGAUGUGAUAGUGUCUUUGGAAACCCUUUGCUUCGAUCUUGUCCUGCCUACUCUCUCUCUGUUCCUUCAUAUGAUAUGCAGGCAAGCAACCAGAGUCGACAGUUAUAUAUGGAAUCAGAGUCAGCAAGUUCAUCCAGUGCUAGCAGUGGUGGCAACAGCUUUAGUUCUAUUGAAAUUGCCUCAAUUGCAUCAGCAGCAGCCAUAGUUUCAGUCCUCUUGGUUCUGAUUGGCCUUUAUAUUUACACAAGAAAGUGUGCUCCAGGCAUUAGGUCCUCUAUUAGGUCUUCUGGAAGAAAAGAAGUGUCUGUCUUUGUGGAAAUUGGGGUUCCAUUGACUUAUGAAAGUGUUGCACGAGCCACUGGUGGUUUUAAUGCAAGCAACUGCAUUGGAAGUGGAGGUUUUGGGGCCACAUACAAGGCUGAGAUUUCACCAGGAGUUCUAGUAGCUAUAAAGAGACUCGCAGUAGGAAGGUUUCAAGGUGUUCAACAGUUCCAUGCAGAGAUCAAGACUCUUGGAAGAUUGAGGCAUUCUAAUCUUGUGAUGCUGAUAGGUUACCAUCUUAGUGAUUCUGAGAUGUUUUUGAUUUACAAUUAUCUUUCAGGUGGUAAUUUGGAGAGAUUUAUACAAGAAAGGUCGAGAAGACCUGUAAAUUGGAGAAUGCUUCACAAAAUUGCUUUAGACAUUGCUUGUGCUCUUAAUUAUUUACAUGACCAAUGUGUGCCCCGUAUCCUUCAUCGAGAUGUUAAACCAAGCAAUAUAUUGUUGGACAAUGAAUAUAAUGCUUAUCUCUCAGAUUUUGGAUUGGCAAGGCUUCUAGGAAAUUCUGAGACCCAUGCAACUACUGGUGUGGCUGGAACUUUUGGGUAUGUUGCUCCUGAAUAUGCCAUGACAUGUCGCGUUUCUGAUAAAGCAGACGUUUAUAGCUAUGGCGUGGUACUAUUGGAGCUAAUUUCAGAUAAGAAAGCACUGGAUCCUUCCUUCUCCCCCUAUGGGAAUGGUUUCAACAUAGUAACUUGGGCAUCCAUGUUAUUGCAAAAAGGUCGGGCCCGUGAGUUCUUCACUGAAGGGCUUUGGGAUGUGGCUCCCCAUGAUGAUUUGGUGGAAACUUUGCAUUUGGGUGUCAAGUGUACUGUUGAUUCACUUUCUAUUAGGCCCUCAAUGAAACAAGUCGUUCAACGAUUAAGAACUCUCCAACCUCCACAUUUUGGGCGUGGUUGAUGUAUUCUUCAUGAGUGGAUGAUAUGUAUUUGUCUUCCAUCCGACUGAAGUAACUGAGCAGCCCAAGGAUGCAUUACCUGAGAGCUUUCACCAGUUUGAAUUUCAUGAUAAGCUGAUUGGUAUAAGCAAUAUUCCUUGGAAUUCUUACCCAGAAAAAUCCAUCUGAGAGCAUAUGGAAUAUUGGAGAACCUCUGGAUUUUUGAUGUGGGAACAAGAAAUACCUAAGUGAGUGAAAGGCAAUGCCAUCUUACUGUCAGUCCACUGGGAGAGGCCCAUAGUUGCUCCAUUAAACUUGUGAGGACCAUCAUAUGCAUUUAUCUGUGACAGAGGAAUCAGUCCAACGCUCUAUUUGCUGGAGCAAAUCUUCACUUAGAGUCAAGUUGUCAUCACCUUCACUGAAGCUCUCGGCCAUGAGAUGAUCGAUAUCAGAGCACAAAACUUUUAGCAGCUGUUGUCUGCUCGGGAAUCUUGUAUUUGCCACUUGAACCAAUAGCUUGGGGCAAACGCCUGACGACCCAGCCAACUCCAACUUACGUUGUAGAAGUUCAUUCACUACAUCAGGCAGUAGCUUGCGGUGAAGUUUCUCAGGUUCUGACUUCGAAUUUUUAUUGAUGGUCUCCGGUUUGACGAGGCAGCCAGACUUUGGUUGCUCUAGAACAAGAAACAAGUCAGUAUUUAUCGGAUGGUCUAAAGGGUGAAGCUGGAUCGCCAUUGUAGUGAUUUGUCUUAAUGUUAGAUCUGCGUUCAGAAGACCAGAUGUGAUGCCAACCGAGCAAUUUGAGAAAAUGAUUUUAAUAUUUUUGUAGAAUUUGGUAUUUAGGGUAUUUUGAUAAUUUUUAUAGGUUGAACUUUUUAAAUUUUGAGUUCGUUUAGGAUAUUUUAGAUUUUUAGUAUGUUUAGAAUUUUUUUUUUCUAUCGGGAUUUCUUUCCUUUCCUUGUAUUUUAAGGAUUAAAGUUUAUAUAAAUAAUUAUUUGGGGUUGAUGUAAGAAAGUUUUUGAUCAAUAUUAAGUAGGUCAUGUCA